GUUUUACAGUGAAUGACAGCUACAAUCAACAGAAUCAGUUUCCAGCUGUACAGCAGCUGCAGGAUUCAAGCACACUAGAAUCUCAGGCUCUUUCAACAAGUUACCAUCCACCAGCUGUUCUUCAUGUUCCAAACACGGACUCUAUUAACGUAACUACUCGCCUGAUACAAGAUCAGUCAUCACAAGAAGAACUUGAAUUGCAUAACCAACGUCCUCAUUUUCUUGAGGAUAAUGAAGAUCAAAGCAGGCGUUCGUAUAGAUGUGAAUAUUGCAACAAGGGUUUUAAGAAAUCCAGCCAUUUGAAACAACAUGUACGAUCACAUACUGGUGAGAAACCUUAUAAAUGCCAACUGUGUGGCCGUGGCUUUGUUUCCUCAGGAGUUCUUAAGUCACAUGAGAAGACUCAUACAGGAGUUAAAGCAUUCAGCUGUAGCAUUUGCAAUACCUCCUUCACAACUAAUGGGAGCCUUACCAGGCACAUGGCAACUCACAUGAGCAUGAAGCCUUACAAGUGCCCGUUCUGUGAUGAAAGCUUUCGAACAACUGUUCACUGCAAAAAACAUAUGAAAAAACAUCAGGCAGUCUCCUCAGCUGUAGCAGCAGCUACAGAAACAGGAGGAGGAGGAGUUCCAUGUGUGGAAGACAAUGAUGAAAACUCUGAAAGAACUUCCAGAAAAUCUCGUCCUGGUGUCAUAACUUUUACAGAAGAAGAAACAGCAGAACUAGCAAAGAUUAGGCCUCAAGAAAGCGCCACUGUCUCUGAAAAAGUUCUUGUCCAGUCUGCUGCAGAGAAAGACAGAAUUAGUGAGAUCAAAGAUAAGCAAGCAGAACUAGAAGCAGAGCCCAAAUAUGCCAACUGUUGUAGUUACUGCCCCAAAAGCUUUAAAAAACCAAGUGAUUUAGUCAGGCACGUUCGUAUCCAUACUGGAGAGAAACCAUAUAAAUGUGAAGAAUGUGGAAAGAGUUUCACUGUAAAAUCCACUCUGGAUUGUCAUGUUAAAACGCACACAGGCCAGAAGCUCUUCAGUUGUCAUGUAUGCAGUAAUUCUUUUUCUACAAAAGGGAGCCUAAAAGUCCACAUGCGUCUGCAUACAGGAGCAAAACCCUUUAAAUGUCCACACUGUGACUUACGGUUUCGUACUUCAGGGCGCAGGAAAACUCACAUACAGUGUCAUUAUAAACCAGAGACAAAGAAAGUUAGGAAGCCUGUCACCCGUACUUCAGCUGAGGGACUACAACCAGUCAGUCUUCUUAAUUCAUCGUCUACAGACCCCAAUGUUUUCAUCAUGAACAACUCUGUUUUGACGAGUCAGUUUGAUCAAAAUUUACUUCAACAAGGACUUGUGGGCCAGGCUAUCCUGCCUGCUUCAGUGUCAGCUGGAGGUGACUUAACUGUGUCCUUGACAGAUGGUAGCUUGGCCACUCUUGAAGGAAUACAGUUACAGCUUGCUGCUAAUCUGGUUGGACAAAACGUUCAAAUUUCUGGAAUAGAUGCCACCAGUAUUAACAACAUAACAUUACAGAUCGACCCAAGUAUUCUACAGCAGACGUUACAGCAGAGUAAUUUACUUGCUCAGCAGCUGACUGGAGAUCCCAAUAUGGCUCCACAGAAUCCUUCCCUCCAGGCAACAGAAAAUGCAGUGCCAGCUAAUGUGGUUAUUCAGCCUAUAUCAGGCCUGUCUUUGCAGCCCACAGUAACAUCGUCUGCUAACAUGACAAUAGGAUCCCUAUCUGAGCAAGAGUCUGUGCUGACAACCAGUGCUAGUGGUGCACAGGACAUCUCUCAAGUCAUGACUUCACAGGGUAUGGUAUCAUCUUCAAAUGGACAACAUGAGAUAACGUUGACCAUAAAUAAUUCCAGUCUGAGUCAAGUUUUAGCUCAUGCUUCGGGUUCUGCUACCACAACCUCAUCAGGAAGUCCUCAAGAAAUCACUCUUACAAUAUCUGGCCAAGAUCUUAUUCAGCACAACGCUGGAAGCAGUGAUCUGAAUAGUGGCUUAAGGCUGACAGCGCCAACCAUCAACAGUCAGACUGCAGGUGCUACGUUAACGAUAAGUAAUGAUCAGCUUCUUUCUCAGGGCACUUCACUAAAUGCUCCAGAACUUAAUGCAACAGGUGGAACAAACCUUCCUUCAACACCACCUAUAUCUCAGUCCACAGUUUCUGCCCAGAAUUUGGUAAUGUCCUCAUCAGGAGUUGGAGGAGAUGGUAGUGUCACCUUGACUCUUGCUGACACUCAGGGAAUGUUGUCAGGUGGUCUUGAUGCAGUUACACUUAAUAUCACUUCACAGGGUCAGCAGUUCCCUGCUAUUCUCACAGAUUCUGGUCUUGCUAGCCAAAGUGGGUCAGGCUCACAGCAAGUCAUACUGGUGAGCCAUACACCCCAUUCAGCGUCUGCAAACUCUGAUGAAAUAACCUAUCAGGUGACAGAGGUUUCUCCUAAUGUGACUAAAAGCAGUCAAGCAGAAAAAGAAGGUCGUGUGCAUCAGUGUUUUGAGUGUAAUCAAACCUUUUCUUCAGCCACCAUGUUGAUGCACCAUAGUAAAGAGGUUCAUGGCAAGGAAAGAAUACACGUUUGUCAUGUCUGCAAUAAAGCCUUUAAGCGGGCAACACAUCUCAAGGAACACAUGCAAACCCAUCAGGCUGGACCUUCACUGAGUUCCCAGAAGCCUAGAGUGUUUAAGUGUGAUACUUGUGAAAAAGCUUUUGCUAAGCCAAGUCAGCUGGAGAGGCAUAGUCGCAUUCACACAGGGGAACGUCCAUUUCAGUGUACACUAUGUGAAAAGGCUUUUAACCAGAAGAGUGCUCUUCAAGUCCACAUGAAAAAGCACACAGGAGAGAGGCCUUAUAAAUGUGAUUACUGUGCAAUGGGAUUUACACAGAAAAGCAAUAUGAAACUGCAUAUGAAGCGGGCUCAUGGUUACACAGGUCCUGUACAAGAGCCUGCUAGUCAUCAAGAACAAGAAGGGGAAGAUAUUAGUCGUGCUUUGAAUUUAGAAGAAGUGGUACAAGAAUCUUCAAAUGAAUGGCAAAGUAUAGGCAGUGUUUUCCGAUGACACCUUAAAAUUUGAAAGCUAAAAAUGUUUCUGGGACUCCAAUUUCUUGAAACAAGUUUUCAGAAAAGUAAAAGAUGAAUUUUACAGUUAAAGCUUCAAGCAUUGAAAAUAUUAACAAUAGAAUAAUAUAUUAUAGUUUUUUUAAUUAUUUACAGAGUUACCUAAAAGAUUCAUUCUUUUUUUAAGCUUGUAGAAGAAUAUUGGGAAAACAUCAUUUUGUCUGUG